AUGUCCACCUCUGGAAGCCCGAGCCAGUCGAUCUCCGCAACCGAAGGGGCACACGAUACGGAGAGGCUGGCGGCCAAUCUGAUCGCCAUGCUGCAGUCAAAUCAAGUGGGCAGCGAGACCACCUCGUCCCAAGUCGUCGCUCAGGUCAUGGAGCUGCUCACGAGGAAGGCUCCUGGAGCUGGCCCUUCGUCGUCUCUGCCCUCCGCAGCCUCUCAGCACCACUUGUCCUCUUCUCCCUCAAUGACUCGGAUUCCUCCUUCACGUCCCGAUCAUUUUGUGCCCACUAGUGCUCCUUCCAUUCUCCCUCUAUCGCCCUCCAUACCGUCUCCCGAUGAUCCUCACGUCGCAUUGCAUGCUGAGUCCGGAGUCGAAGAGCUCCUUCACCGAUUGACCGACCUGGAACAAGCUCAUAGGGAUGCCAGCAUUAGUACGAGGAGACGUCGCAGACCCACUCGACUCACUGAUGACGAUGAGGAACCGUAUUCCAAGCAUCAGUGCGGUACGCACCUCGUGAGCCGCCUACAGAGAGAUCGGUUGGACGAAAUGGACCUCCCAGUCCGCGCGUACCUGCAGAAGGAAGUCCGCAAGACAAUGUACAACCUGAUCGGAUACCAGAGGGGCGCGCUUAUGCCCGACAUCAGCGGUCCUCUUGUUGCACGCUCUGGUCUGUUCCUUGUGCCGGAUUUCAAGGCUGGCAUAAAUGCCCCACCGAAUCGACUUAUCCAAGGGCGUGAGGCCGAAAUGGUGCUUGCCUACGAGCGUGAUCACCCUGGGACGGUCCCCGAGACCCACCGUGAGCGAUGGCUCCAAGCUGGCGUCCUACUUGAUCUUGCGCGUGCUUCCUGGCCAGCGAUGAAGUUGAUGCACACUGAACAGAGGCUUGCUGAGUUGGACGGCGGUGAGAAGAAAAUGCGGAGGGAACGAGAGGCUCGGAGAAUCGAGAGGCGCAAGACGGUCAGUGCGACUCCUUUCCACAUGGAGCUGAAUUCACGUACGGAUCCGCAGCGCGGCCAGCAACCCCGGGACGCCAUUGUUGACUUCUGCCAGGAGCAUGAUCUCGACCAUCAGGAGAUGCGUAAUGCUCUGGUCGACGAGGAAUGGUUGGAGAGGAGUGGUCCUGUGAUGAGGACGGGACGCGAAACAAGAGCUGGAGGCAAAAGCUCUUCGAGGCAGGUGCAAUCUCCCUGA